AAGAAAUGCUUAGUGGCAACAAAAUAUUUUUACCAGACCAAAUUUUUAUAAUUGAGGUUACAAAGAAAUACGAGACCAAAGCGAAGAGAUGAAUGGUGGUUAUUGCUAACAAAAUCGAGAUGAAAACAUCUUCCUUUUUUGGAACUACUGCAACCAUGGGAAACGAUGGAAAAGGCACUCCUUGCACUUGGUGUCCAAAUCCAGUAAACGCAGAAGAUCCAGAUCGUCUGGUAAAGAAUACCUGGUACGGGAAAGCGUACUGCUCAUCGUGUUGGGAUUGGUGGAAUCAACGCCAAAAGCAGAAGAAAAGAAAUUAUGUGGCAGACACUUCUGCUGGAAUUGACGGAAGCGGAAUUGACGGAGGAGGACGUGAAGGGCCACCGACUCCGCAGCUAAGGCUUCGCUACCUGCGACCUAGGAAUCCUAUUUCUACUAGGGAAAAAGCACGUGGCCACAAUUGGCCUUACACUAUCGCGCCCGGAGAAAUUGUCUAUGGUUGCGGAUAUUACAGCAAAAGAGAAGCUGAUGAUGUUUUUCAGACGCUGACACGAGAAAAUAUGUUGGAGAAAGCCCAAGGCCGAGCACGAAGCUCUUCUUCACCGAUCACACCGUGGAGCUGUCAUCAUCGCGUUUUAUUAGAGCAGUGUGGCAAGGAUUUUUUCGACUACUCAAAAGAAACCUUUGUUCAAAGAUGGGAGCGAGAUUUCGGUGUGCGCGUGCUAGAGCUGCGUGUUAACCUGUAUUUAUGGUUUUAUGCGAAAACAGGAGGCGUGUUUAGAAGUAUGUUCAAGGAAGUCUGUGAUACGAAGGAAAAGCCCUUUGAAUUGGGACUUAAUACGAACGGCCAGUGCGUUUUACUUGUUUCCUUGCGUCCCCACGCUGACGCUGUUCUUGCUGGUGCACAUCAUGAAUGACAUCAAACGUAUCAAUAAAAUCGUAACGACUAGCACUAAGGUACACUGAAAGUGAUUGGAAGCCGUUUCACCAAGACUCGCAUUGUUACCAUAGAGAUUCAGGCUUGCGAGAAGAACUCACUAUAGCUGCAAGCUUCGGCUCGACGCGGGAUCUCAUGUGGCGCCCCAUUCCCGAGACAAAAACUGCUGGCGGAGAAAACGAUAUGAAAUUUUUGAUACGGUCUCAUCGAAGUUCUUUUUCUACUUCUUUCUGUUUUUGUCUGUUGAAUGAUGAUCAUGAUUUAUGGGAAGUAUCAAACAUGAUGUUGAUGAUAAAGUGAUCAAGAUGCAGUUUCUUGUUCUUCUAACUAGAGAACUACAGACGGCCAUGAGUGGAAGAAUAUACCACAGGCAGAGGACCUGUUUCACCUGCGAUUGGAACAACGCGCUGGCGAUUUGGUUGCUUUUGAUUCUAUCGUCAAUGACGCGAUGGAACAUGGGAUUCCAAAGACUAGCUCGGAUACGAACUGUAACUCAGAGGCAGAGAAUCGUACUUCUAGUAAUACUUCUGGGGAUUCUUGUUCAACACAGUCUUCAGAUCAUGGCGUUGGUGAUGCCGCUGAGGAGACUGGACCGGGAGUAGGCAUGGACUCGGAGGGGCGAGCGAUUAGAAGCAGGGACUUGGAUCGGCGUUCAGAGGAACAAUUCACGCGCAUCAGUGUGGUCGCCUGGUGUGCACGAAACGAAACGAUUGCUGCUUUUGCAAACGGCGGCUCUUGAAGAAACGAGCCCUGAUCCUGAAGAACAAGAACACUAUUCAACAAGAACAAGAAUGUGAAGUAUGAAUAUCAUGCAAUAUCAAGGACUUCUCUGGAGCACUUCUUCUACAUAUAAAUAUACUUAGUCCUAAAUCCUCUUGUUAGGAAGAAGAAGAUGAUGCGC